CCAUAUAUCAUGUCCUGUGAAGAACAGACUGGUUUCACUCCAACUUUUAUUUGACUGGGCGGACAGAGAACAACUCAGCUGUUGUCAUGAUGCAGGUGACAAUAUUUGUAGCGCUGCUGGUUUUUGUGGCCUCUGUCCUCUCUCAACCCGACUUCUUCCUGCCCAUCGACUGUGAUGACAUCUAUCGCCAUGACAACACCAGCUCCAGUGGGGUGUAUGUCAUCUACCCAGGAGGUCCCACCACACCACUGCAUGUCUUCUGUGACAUGGACACUGACGAAGGCAGAUGGACUGUAUUUCAGAGGAGGGUCAAUGGGAAUGAAAACUUCUUCAGACCCUGGAAUCAGUAUAAGACUGGAUUCGGGAACGUAGCUGGAGAAUAUUGGCUCGGUCUGGAAAACAUCUUCCUGCUGACUAUGAGGAAGAAGAAUGAGCUGCGUGUGGACAUGGAAUCCUGGGAAGGAGAGAAGGCGUCCGCCCGGUACUCCUCUUUCGUGAUCGACUCUGAGCACACCGGCUAUCAGCUUCACCUGGGCAGCUUCUCCGGUGGAGCGGCAGGGGACAGUUUUACACUUCACAACUCCAUGAAGUUCACCACCUAUGACAAAGACCAGGAUAUGUGGGAUAAAAACUGUGCUCGGUAUUAUCUGGGUGGAUUUUGGUACAACGCCUGCCAUACGGCAAACCCCAACGGCAUGUACGCACCUCACGGUGCCAUCGCACAUGAAAGUGUCCAGGUCAUUUGGAACUCGUGGAAGAACCCAAACUACUCCCUUAAGACUGUUGCCAUGAAGAUCAGAUCAACUAAGUGUUCAUGCACUUAUUAAUCUGAUAUGGGGCAGAUAUCCAGAUUAUGGUCAUAUCUAAGCCUCCAUCAGGCCAGGACAGAUGGGAUGUGUUUUGAACAUCAUCUGUAGCACCUGUUUUUUUUCUGCUGAGCUCAAUAUUGUGUCUAAAAGGAUAAUAUGAAAUGUCACUUUUCCCUUUUGUAUCCAUUUAGUGUCUCAAGAAACAGCCAAUAUCUUAUAGGUGACCGGGGCUGCAUGUAUUUCUUCCCUAUGUUCUUGUGACCUGGUGUUGUUAAUGUGAGCCUGAUGUGUAAAGCACAAGGCAAACAUAUUCUUAUUCACCAUUCUUAUUAUGUGUAUUUUGGUAUUAGGUAAUGGAACUAAAAAAAAACCUUUCUGAUUAAAAUGCAUUGUGAAUGAUGAGCCGCUGAAAUGCUUUGCUCUUGAAUACAUUUACAGACAAUAAACAUUGAACACAAA